AGGAUACGACGACGUUUUACGAGAAACCGUUCUACACACAAAGCUGGUAGCACUGAAUCUCAGUCGAAGAGAGCAAGCAAUAUCAAUAGCAACAACAACUAACAUUGACCUCAUCACAAUCACGAGAGCGAGCGUGAAAGAAGAAGAAGAAGAAGACGACGACGUUAGUUUCAGAAAUGUCAGUGCAAGAAUAUCUCGACAAAUACACGCUCUCCCGUAAACUCGAAGACGCCGUCAAUGCCGCCGUCAGAGCCAAAACCACCGAUCCCGUUCUCUUCAUCUCGAAUCAUAUGAAAAAAGGAGUACAAUCGGUAAUCACCAAAGUGAAAGCGAGACAAAUCCUUGAUAGUAGAGGAAUUCCAACUGUUGAAGUCGAUUUGUAUACUAACAAAGCUAUGUUCCGUGCUUCUGUUCCCUCCGGCAACUCCUCUGGCAUGUAUGAGGCUGUUGAGUUACGGGAUGGUGACAAAGGUGUAUAUCUAGGAAACGGUGUUGCUAAAGCCGUUAAAAACAUAAAUGAAAAAAUUUCUGAGGCGCUGAUUGGUAUGGAUCCAACACUGCAGUCACAGAUUGAUCAUGCUAUGAUAGACCUGGACAAAACAGAGAAGAAGGGGGAACUUGGAGCAAAUGCUAUAUUAGCCGUGUCCAUUGCUGCAUGUAGAGCUGGGGCUGCUGAAAAGGAAGUUCCACUGUACAAGCACAUCGCUGACCUGUCUGGAAAAUCUAGCCCAAUGCUUCCUGUUCCUGCCUUUACUGUUAUAAGUGGCGGAAAACAUGCUGGAAAUAAUCUGGCCACCGAGGAAAUCAUGAUUCUUCCAAUUGGAGCAAGCAGAUUUGAGGAAGCACUGCGAAUGGGCUCUGAGACCUAUCAUCAUUUAAAGGCCGUAAUUACAGAAAAAUGUGGGCCACACCACUGUAAUGUUGGUGAAGAUGGUGGCUUUGCUCCUAAUGUCUCCAGCUUGAGAGAGGCCCUGGAUCUUGUAAAGGAGGCCAUUAGUAGAACUGGUUAUGAUGAGAAAAUAAAGAUAGCGCUUGACGUUGCUGCUACAAAUUUUUGUAUUGGUAAAAGAUACGAUCUGGACUUUCAAUCUCCUCAAAAGUCAGGACAGGAUUUUAAGUCAGCGGAGGAUAUGAUAGAGUUGUACAAGGAACUAUGUGCAGAAUACCCAAUUGUAUCAAUAGAAGAUCCAUUUGACAAGGAAGAUUGGGAACAUAUCAAGCACAUCUCAAGUCUUGGAAUUUGCCAGGUAGUAGGGGAUGAUCUCUUGAUGUCAAAUGCAAAGCGCAUUGAGAAAGCAGUAACUGAGUCUGCUUGUAAUGCUCUUCUUCUUAAGGUCAACCAAGUUGGAACUGUUACAGAGGUCAUUGAAGUGGUGAAGCAGGCAAAGGAAGCCCAUUGGGGUGUGGUGACGUCUCACAGAAGUGGCGAAACUGUAGACUCUUUCAUUGCCGAUUUAUCUGUUGGCCUUGCUGUUGGUCAGAUUAAAGCAGGAGCUCCUUGCAGAGGAGAGCGGUUAGAAAAGUACAACCAGUUACUUCGGAUUGAGGAGGAGCUUGGAGAUCAAGCAGUUUAUGCCGGUGAAGAUUGGAGGCAGUAAGAAUGAACAAUUUCUUUGGGUUAAUUUUUGAGAUAUGCUUUUCUUGUGAGUUCGAUAGGUUGAAAUUCAUUUGGGUACAAUAUAUACUUUAAACAUGUAUUUAUUGCCAAACUUUUACUAAUAGUGUUGUCUCAAUCCCUCUAUUAGAUUUUAGCGACUGAAUGAAUAUAUGCAUGAGAAAGUGCAGCCUGCUGAGGUAUCGACAACUACUGCGAAUAGAACUAAUACUGAUACGACAUUGAAAAUUGUGGAUUAUUUCAAUGAAAUCAAAAAAAUUUGAACAA